UUUUUUUUUUCUUUUUUUCUUUUUCGAUUUGUGUUUCAAUGGCCGCCAAUGCCAUCCGCCGCAUCUCUGCUCUGCUUCCCUCGCUGACGUCCAGCCGCCUCUCGACCCGCAUGGCCAGCUCCACGGCUGCAACAAUGUCAUCAUCAUCAGCAUCAUCAUCAUCAUCAGCAUCAUCAUCAACCGCGCCGGCUCCGAGCAAGCACGAUUCGGACGCGACUGUCGACGUCGCCGAGAUUGGGCCACACCGCACAUGGACGGUGACCACUGAUGACGGACUGGCGACGCUCGCAUGCGAAAGCUUUGCUCCUCCCGUGGACUCCGAUCCCAAGCUGCCAGUGUUGCUCUUCACGCAUGCAAACGGCUUUUCCAAAACGACGCUCCAUCCAUUCAUGGCCGAGUUGCGCAAGCAUGGCUCACGCCACCCGUUCCUGGCGAUUGAUUUUCACGGACACGGCGAGUCGAGCAAUCACCAACGCGAGGAUUGGGAUUGGUGGACAUUGGGAAAGGACGUGACCACCGUCGUCGAUGCAUAUCGUGCCAAAGACCCUUCGCGAUCGCUUGUCGGAGUUGGCCAUUCGAUUGGAGGCGCCGCCAUUUUCAUGCUUGAACACUACCGCCCUGGAACCUUGAAAUCCAUCAUUGCGUUCGAGCCAAUCAUGUUCCCGAAAGAGUUCACCAGUCACGGGGGCCAUGACGACCUGGUGAAGGGUACACUCAAGCGGCGGGCAGUCUUCCCCAGCUUUGCCGCUGCCAAGCAGCAGUUUGUCAAAAAGCGCAUGUACGCCGCACUGGAUUCUCGCGCGCUGAACGAGUAUGUCUUUAACAGCAUGCGCCAACUCCCCGAUGGUUCCGUGACCUUGAAGUGUGCACCAGCUGUCGAAGCCAAGAACUUUAGCAAUGGACACAAGCAUGACAUGUUUGAUAAACUGGCCGAUCUCAAGCUGCCGGUUCUCUAUGUCGCAGGCGAGGAAUCUGAAUUUGUGCCACUCAGCUUGGCAGAGAGCCAGCACGAAGCCACCCCAAACUCCCAAUUGCAAGUUCUCCCCAAUGUUGGACACAUGCUCCCUCUCGAAAACCCCGAAUUGCUGGCCAAGACCGUUCUCAAGCGCCUUUCCGAGCAGAACUUGCACUACUGAGAACGCGAGAGAGAUUGUUUGCCCCUGAUGCGCGGUCGCGGUCCUACCGUGAUUCUGAAGACGCACCACUAAGUUGUUCAUACCUUGCUCAAUACCAUGCUUUGUCAAUGGAGAUCCAUCCACACAUCCAAA